AUGCCGCGAACACGAGAAAAGACCUCAAACCGAGGAAAUGACCCAGAUUUAAUGAGAAGAGCUGCAGAUAUGUGCAUUAAUGAAGGAAAAUCUGAGAGAUCAGUUGGGGAAAACCUAGGUAUAUGUCACGUUAGUUUGAACCGUUACAUAAAAAAGGUAAGAGCUACUGAGUUUGGUGGUUCUCCUCCAAAAUGUGGUUAUAGACCACACACUAGAAUAUUUGAUGUAGACCAAGAAAUAAUGUUGGCUACUUAUUUAAAAAACUGUGCUGAUAUGUAUUUCGGCUUAAGCACUAAAGAUGUCAGAAAACUAGCAUUUGAAUUUGCUAAAAAAAUGAAUUUGAAAAUGCCAGCUUACUGGACUGAGAACGAAUUUGCUGGUAUUGAUUGGUUUCUUAAUUUUAUUAAGCGUAAUCCUACCUUGUCUAUUCGUCAGCCAGAGGCAACUAGUUUAUCUAGAAGUAUGAACUUUAAUCCGAUUAACGUAAACAUUUUUAUGGACAAAUAUGAAUCAGUGAUUACUAAACAUAAAUUCGAGGCAUUUCAGAUUUUUAAUCUAGAUGAGACUGGUAUAACCACGGUACAAAAUCCAUGUAAAAUAGUAGCACAGAAAGGUAAAAAACAAAUUGGUGCCAUAACGUCUGCGGAACGUGGAACUUUGGUCACCAUGUGUUUAGCUGUUAGUGCGGUUGGAAAUGCCAUUCCACCAAUGUUUAUUUUUCCUAGGGUCAAUUUUAAGGAUCAUUUUAUUAGAGGAGGACCUCCAGGAUGUAUAGGGACCUCAAAUAAAUCUGGAUGGAUGCAGGGAGAAGAAUUUUUGAAAUUUAUCACACAUUUCACAAAUCAUGUGCGACCUACAAUUGAAAAAAAAGUACUCAUUUUAUUGGACAAUCAUGAGUCACAUUUGUACUUGCCAGUCAUUGAUUUUUGUAGAGCAAAUGGUAUUGUUUUGUUAUCCUUUCCACCACACUGUUCGCACAAAUUGCAGCCAUUGGACAGAUCUGUAUUUGGGCCUUUUAAAAAAUGUAUAAAUCAAGAAAUGGAUUCAUGGCUAAAAAGUAAUCCAGGGAAACGGUUUACCAUUUAUGAUUUGCCUGCUGUAACUACUAAUGCUAUUUUAAAUGCAGCUACACCUAGGAACAUAACCAGUGGAUUUGCUGUAUCUGGUGUGUGGCCUUUUAAUAGAAAUGCAUUUAGUAUAGAUGAAUUUGCACCAGCAGUUGUGACGGAUAUAAUGUUACAUACCACAGAAAACAACAAUGAAACACAAAGUAUAAAUACAGAGAUACCUAGUAUCAAUACUAUAACACAAACACCUAGUAUCAAUGUAGAAAUAGCAGAACAACGUUUAUCUGAUAAGAUUUCUCCUGAAAUGGUUAGACCUUAUCCCAAAGUACAAAUACAUCAAAAAAUAGGAAAAAAAGGUGGUAGGAAAAAAGGCAAAACAGCAAUACUAACUGAUACACCUGAAAAAAAUGAACUAGAAAAUAAAGCAAAGAAGAAAAAUGAAAAUAUUAAAAGGAAACUAUUCAAUACUGACAAAAAAAGUAAAAAGGUAAAAGCCACAGCAAUUAAAAAACAAAAAAAUAAAAAUAAGACUUUAGUUAUUGAUAGUGAUGAUGAUGAAGAUGCUUUUUGUACAAUUUGUUCUGAAUUAUAUUCUGACAGUAAGAGUGGAGAACCGUGGAUCCAAUGCGUGAGGUGUAAAUUAUGGUCUCAUGAAGCUUGUACUCCACAGAACUAUACAGCUUACUAUAUUUGUGAUAACUGUGAGGCUGAUAAUUAG